GAGCAUUUACCUGCUGAGUCAGACCUCUCUAGAGUCUAGGCUGCAGCAAAGCUCUACUAGUACGUAGUGGUAUUAAAUAGCCGUGCCAAAAAUGCAAGCACCUCUCACAACGUCCACACACACAACCACCCGAAACAUUUCCAUCUAGCCAAAGUGAUAGUCUCUCUGCGAGAAUGCUCGCCUCUCUCGCCGUACUGCUACUGCUGACCACGGCCACCGCUGUUGCACAGACGCCGGGCAUGGCCAUGCUUAGAGGACAAGCAAUGGCGCUCCUCCUCUGGAAAGCGAGCCUCAGCAACCAGAGCCAGCACACCCUGUCGUCCUGGGAGAACGCGUCGGUGCCAUGCAGCUGGCGUGGCAUCAGGUGCACGGUGCACCGGCGCCAGCACCGGCCGGUUAUCAUCGACAUCUCUCUGUGUGGGAUGGGGCUGCAAGGGGGGUUGGGGUUGCUCAACUUCUCUGCCUUGACAACUCUGACGCGCCUCGACCUCUCACACAACCACCUCGACGGGGAAAUACCUCCUGACAUUGGGGUCCUCUCAGAGCUCCAGGCUCUACUCCUGCAGAGCAACCAGAUAAGUGGCUCGGUUCCACUUGGCAACAUGAGUAGUAAUCUUUUGACCCUCAACUUGUCAGACAAUUACUUAGUUGGUCACAUCCCUUCUGAAAUAGGCCACCUCAAGUAUUUGGUUGCUCUGGAUUUGUCUAGUAAUAAUUUUUCCGGCUCAAUCCCAAGAAGUGUAGGUGGUCUGGCCAACCUCACUACGUUGUACCUUUACCGUAACCAACUUUCUGGGGAAAUUCCACAAGAAGUAGUUUAUCUUGGGAAAUUAGUGGACUUGCAACUUGGCUUUAACACACUCACAGGUCCCAUUCCAAGAAUUUUAAGUAAUUUGACCAAGCUCACUAUUUUACAUCUUAGGAGCAAUAAACUUUCUAGGCAAAUUCCACGAGAAUUAGGUUACCUUGUGAACUUAGAGUACUUGGCUCUUAGUGAAAACAGACUCUCAGGUUCCAUCCCAAGAGGCUUAGGGAAGUUAACAAAACUCACCGACUUGUGUCUUCAUCAGAACCAACUUUCCGGACCUAUUCCUCAAGAAAUUGGCAACUUUAUGAGUCUAGUUAAGUUGGCCCUUGGUUUUAACAACUUCUCUGGUGCCUUGCCAUCCGGGCUUUGUGCGGGUGGCCAGCUACAACAUUUGACUGCUCCACAAAACAAUUUAGUUGGACCCUUGCCAUCAAGCUUGAUAAGUUGCACAAGCCUGGUUAGGGUUCGACUUGAACAAAAUAACCUUGAAGGAGACAUCACGAAGAUGGGAGCUUAUCCAAAUCUUGUCUAUAUUGACAUCAGUUCAAAUAGACUAUUUGGUAAAUUAUCUCAUCGUUGGGGUGAGUGUUGCAAUCUUACCGUGCUACGUGCAUCAAACAACAAUAUAACUGGGGCAAUACCAUCAAGCAUAGGGAAAUUGUCUCAGUUGGGGGUACUUGAUGUUUCAUCAAACAAGCUUGAAGGGUAUAUUCCACCAGAAGUCGGCAAUAUAACGAUGUUGUUUAAUGUGAGUCUUUCUGGUAACCUUCUCGAGGGUAAUAUGCCACAAGAGGUUGGAUCACUAAAUAAUCUAGAGUAUCUGGAUUUAUCAUCAAACAACCUAACUGGCCAGAUACCACAACCUCUGGAGCAUUGUUUGAAGCUUCACUUUCUAAAGUUAAGCCAUAAUCGGCUCAAUGGCACCAUUCCCGUGGAAUUAGGGAUGCUGGUAAACCUAAAAGAUUUGCUGGAUCUAAGUGACAAUUUGAUUGAUGGCGCUAUUCCAAGCCUGUUAGGUGGUCUUAGUAUGCUUGAAGCCUUGAAUCUUUCUCACAAUGCACUGAAUGGCAGCAUUCCACAAUCAUUUCUGGCCAUGACUGGUCUCCAAUCCAUGGAUGUUUCAUACAACAAAUUAGAAGGUUCAGUGCCGCAAACUAGAUUCUAUGAAGAAGCUCCAAUCAAAUGGUUCUGGCAUAAUGAAAAGUUGUGUGGUGUUGUCAAAGGUUUGACCCCUUGUGAUCUUCCUCAAAGUAGGGGACAACAAACGAAGCAUGGAGCUAUUUUGCUAGCUAUAAUAUCCGCUAUAGUAUUUGCUGUGAUUGUCACGGCACUAGUAACAUGGCAGUGCAAAAAGAAUAAAUGCAAGGCAGAAACUGCAAAUGAAGUACAACAAACCAAGAUGUUUGCCAUCUGGAACUUUGAUGGGGAAGAUGUGUACAAGAAAAUUGUUGAUGCCACAAAUAAUUUCAGCGACACUCAUUGCAUUGGAACUGGAGGGACAGGAUCUGUCUAUAGAGCUCAGUUACCAACAGGUGAAUUGUUUGCAAUAAAGAAGAUCCAUAUGAUGGAAGAUGAUGAUCAAUUUAAACGUGAAAUAUAUGCGUUGAUGCAUAUUCGACAUCGCAACAUUGUAAAGUUAUUUGGUUACUGCUCCGCUGCUCAGGGAAGAUUUCUUGUGUAUGAAUACAUGGAUAGAGGAAGCUUAGCAACAUCCUUGAAUGAUAAGGAAAGUGUAGUUGAAUUGGAUUGGACGAGGAGGUUAAAUAUUGUUCGGGAUGUUGCUCAUGCCUUGUCUUACAUACAUCACGAUUGCUUCCCGCCGAUUGUCCACAGAGAUAUAACAAGCAACAACAUUUUGCUUGAUACAGAGUUUAAAGCCUGCAUCUCGGAUUUUGGUACAUCGAAGAUACUAGAUGUGGAUGCAUCUAACUGCACAAGACUUGCCGGGACAAAAGGAUAUCUUGCCCCAGAGCUUGCAUACACAACAAGGGUGACAGAGAAGUGUGACGUUUAUAGCUUUGGAGUGUUGGUUCUAGAGUUGUUCAUGGGACAUCAUCCAGGUGAUUUCCUUUCAUCCAUGGAUAACAACAACAGGGGUACACUACUUGAGAACUUGCUGGACACCCGGCUCCCGCACCCUGAAGCCAAGAUCGGGAGUGAAAUAUUCCAGGUAGCCGUCGUCGCUGUUCGGUGCAUAAACCCUGAUCCAUCACACCGUCCAACAAUGCAGCAAGUACUCAAGAAAUUCUCAACAUAUGAACAAACAUGUUCUAAUGAUCUUGAUUAUCUCCAUACAGCGAUUGUCAUCCCUGCCUGCUGGUCAUAAAUUCUCAUUGGAUUAGCACACAUAUAUUGUUGCUUCUUCCAUCUGGUCAUAUACAGUUGUAUGUAGUAGGUCGUUUUAAUUUGUGUGGUAGUAGUUUGUUUCUGCAUUACCCUCGUGCCGUGUACUAGUACCAUAUACAGUUUGUAGCUGCUGGUUGGCAUUAGCAACAUAAAUAUUUCUGUGGAAGGCAGAGUUUCGAUUA